UUUGGGCCAAUCUGCGCGCUCUCGAGUGACAUAAUGGAAUUUUUGGAGGUAGAAAGCGAGCGAGGUCUGGCGCUGCGCAUAGCAGUCGUGCCAUCGGGAAAAGACAAUAUCGUCCGCUGCGCUGGAGCGACGCACCGGAGCCCCCCAGGCAACAAGCGCGACGGAUACGCGGGGACGAAGCGGAAGAGGACGCGGGAUCGCGUAUAGGAACGAGGCGAUCAGCUGAUUUCCUCAUGUUUAGAUGGGAUUGCGGAAAGAUCCGUACUGCGUAACGCUCGACGUCCCCUCGUGUGAGGGUGUAGAAUGGAAACAACCCUCUACCCAGGCACCGCGAACACUCCCAGGGUCUCCAGCGUUUACUGCCACAGCACCAUGAUGAAGAAGGACGUUAAUCUGAACCUGGACGACCACAACACCGAGCUCAAAUCCAACCCGCUGCGGGACGCGGACGGACUCCUCAACUCCCCGGAUUUGGGACUCUUGAAACUAACCUCCCCGGACCUGGAGCGCCUUAUCAUCCAGUCCAACAGUCUGGUCACCGCCGCCAACCCGGCCUCCCAGUUCCUCUACCCGAAGUCCGCCAGUGACGAGCAGGAGUUCGCGGAGGGCUUCGUCAAGGCGCUGGAGGAUCUUCACAAGCAGAAUCAGCUGAGCGAAGCGGGGUGCGUCUCCGUGGACAGACUGGAGCUCCUCGGGUCGGCCAGCGCAGUUCACUCCGGCGGGCUUCAGACAUCGGACCUCCCCGUCUACACCACAUUAAACGGCUAUGCGGCCAGUCCGAUCGGAGCCACCUCCAUCAACUACUCCACGGACACCAUCCCCUUCCCGCCGCCUCCAUCUCAUCUGGCCAGCGCGCACCAGCAGGCGGCCGCCGCGGCGGCGGCUCUGUCGCGGCUCCAAUCCGCCGGGUUGGUGAAGGACGAACCGCAGAUUGUACCAGACAUGCAGAGCUUCGGGGACAGUCCUCCUUUGUCUCCCAUCGACAUGGACAACCAGGAGCGCAUCAAGGCGGAGAGGAAAAAGCUGCGGAACAGGAUAGCUGCCUCCAAAUGCCGCAAGAGGAAGCUGGAGAGGAUCUCUCGGCUGGAGGACAAGGUCAAGAACCUGAAAACGCAAAACACCGAGCUGUCCUCCACGGCCAGCGUCCUCAGGGAGCAAGUGGCCCAGCUGAAGCAGAAGGUGAUGAACCAUGUCAGCAGCGGAUGUCAGCUUUUACCAAACCAGGUGCAGGCGUACUAGACCUCAGCACGCGGAGCGCGGCUCCAACCGUGCGCCGGGGAUACGGGCCCGCGUGAAGCGGACCGGUUGCCUUUUGUGACACCAAAUCUUUAUCGGAGAAUUGAUAUGAGGCGCAUUGUACAUGCGCCGUCCAGAACAAAGCCUGUAGCUGAUGAACAGUAGUAAUGUGCACCGCGGUGCAGAAGACAGACCUCGGUGAGAGUCUCCUGGAAUAACGUCGGGUGAACCAUCGCCGAGUUGUGGCCUCCAGCCUCUUGUGAUUCAUGAAAACCUGCCAUGUGUUACGCAGCAAACAGACUUUUGUUGUCCUAAUUUUUUUUGUUGAGGGGAAGCCAUGUAGCAAAACUGCUAGAAAGUGGACUGGUGAGGGAGAAGAACUUUUUUUUAAUUUUUUAAUGCGUAUAUAAGCUGGACAAUCUCAAGACGAGUGCAACCAAACACCAGGGUGUCACAAAGUGCUUUCACCCAACGUGUAAUGUAAUGCCUUACUUGUUUACAAGCACUUAGCAAUGACAAAUCUAUAUAUUUUAUUUACUGAAACAUUUCUUAUUUUACAUAUGGUCUUACUUCUCGUUUUGCUUUUUUUGCAAAAAUGAACACUGCAUGUCUUGUUGCUUUGGUGUACAGUAACUAUAUUGUAUUUGUUUUUCAUUGUGGUGGCUGCGGUGUAGUUCUUCAGUUACCAAACUUCCAUGAAUGUAUGUACGUGCUGAGAAAAGCGCUAUCUAUCCAUGUGUAAUGGACUCUCAAGUCUCUACCUGACAUUUAUUAAAUUCACUACAUUACUAAAGCUCA